AUGGCAGCAUCAUCAUUAGGCCAGACCGAGAUCAACUGGGACAAGCUCGAUAAAACUAAGUUUUAUGUUGUAGGAGCUGGUAUAUUUACUGGGGUUACAGUUGGAUUGUAUCCAAUGUCUGUUAUAAAAACUAGACUUCAGGUUGCCACGAAGGAUACUGUUGAGAAAAGUGCAUCUUCUGUUAUUAGAGGCAUACUGAAAACAGAUGGGAUUCCUGGUCUCUACAGAGGGUUUGGUACAGUCAUCACUGGUGCAGUUCCUGCUAGAAUUAUCUUUCUUACUGCAUUAGAGACCACGAAAGUGGCUACUUUCAAGAUGGUUGAGCCAUUUAAAUUCUCUGAACCUACACAAGCAGCCUUAGCAAAUGGUAUUGCUGGCAUGUCAGCAUCUCUUUGUUCUCAAGCUGUCUUUGUUCCCAUUGAUGUGAUUAGCCAAAAGUUGAUGGUACAAGGGUAUUCUGGUCAUGAGAAGUAUAAUGGGGGUCUGGAUGUUGCACGGAAGAUUAUAAGGAUUGAUGGCAUCAGAGGAUUUUACAGGGGUUUUGGUCUAUCAGUCAUGACUUAUUCACCAUCUAGUGCUGUAUGGUGGGCAAGUUAUGGUUCAAGCCAACGCAUCAUCUGGAGGUUUUUAGGCCAGGGUACUGAUUUUGAGGCGGCUGCUCCUAGCGGGUCAACUAUAAUGCUAGUUCAGGCUACUGGGGGAAUUAUUGCAGGAGCUACAGCUUCCUGCAUCACAACCCCGUUAGAUACAAUUAAGACUCGCCUACAGGUGAUGGGACUUGAAAGAAGAAGCUCUGCAAGACAGGUUGUUAAAACCUUAAUUAAGGAUGAUGGUUGGACAGGUUUCUAUCGAGGAUUGGGUCCCAGAUUUUUCAGCAUGUCAGCAUGGGGAACAACAAUGAUAUUAGCCUAUGAAUAUUUGAGUCACUGA